AUGUCAGUGGAUAAUUGGACUUUGUACGUCGAGAGGCUAGAACAAUAUUUCAUUGUAAAUAAUGUGAAAUCCGAACUAAAAGUGGCUACUUUAAUUACCGUCAUUGGAAGCGAAGCGUAUGAAUUAUUAGUAAAUCUUUGUACACCCGAAAAGCCCGCUAAUAAAACUUUUACGGAGUUAGUCACAAUUAUACAAAGUCAUUUACAACCCAAACCGAGUAUAUUAGCAGAAAGGUACAAGUUUAAGCAAAGAGUACAAAAACAAGGGGAAUCUAUAGCGGAGUACAUGGCGGAACUCAAGAAAUUGUCUAAGACUUGCAUGUUCACCUCGUGCUGUAUGAGUACGAGUAUAAGGGACCAAUUCGUCUGUGGUCUGAGCAGUGAGACAAUUAUGCAGCGUUUGUUUGCCGAGGAGGAUAACACGAAGCUAGAAAAAUUGUAUAAGUUGGCAAUUUCGAUGGAAGCCGCGGAGACAAAUGUAGCUUACGUGGAAAAGGACAGAGCAGCAAGUAGUAGCAGUGGGAAGACAGCGGAGGAGGCUCCGUGUAAUGCAGUAGCGGUCAGAGGCGAGUACCGGGUGACGUCACGCGGCAGCGGCGGCGGCGGCGGCGGCGGCGGCCGCGGCGGCCGCACGUCCUCCUAUGUGCGGGCUGGCGGUGCUCCGCGGAGACCGUCGUGGGCAACAGCUACUCAGUGUAAUGUGUGUGGUUCUCGGCAUGAUACGAAAACGUGCAAGUACCAAAAUUACGUAUGCAAAGUGUGUUUUACGGAGGGACAUUUAAAGAAGAUGUGUCCACGAUUACGUCACAAUAAAACGCGAAACACGUUUAACAGUGAAGUACAGGUGAUUAAUUCGGACGGAGAUCAGGAUUCUGAGGAGGUAAAUUUUAAUGUGUUUAUGGUCAAAAGUAUUAAUAGUUACGAACCGUUCAUGAUAACGCUACAAGUAGAUAACACGAACUUGAGUAUGGAAAUAGAUACAGGCAGUGCAAUAUCUUGUAUAAACCGAGGUAAAAAGCCGCUGUUAGGAAGACAGUGGCUAGUUCAGUUAAACAUUGAAGUACAAAAUAAAAAAUGUUUUAAUAAUAGUGUUUCCGAGUCAAAACUGAAUGUACAAUCUCUCAGUUCCAGAUAUUGUAAAGUAUUUUCGGACGGACUAGGCCGAUACACUGGCGGGGAGGUGAGCUUACGCCUGCGGCCCGACGCACGGCCCGUGUUCCUGCGGGCGCGGCCGCUGGCUUUUGCGCUGCGCGAGCCGGUUGAGCGCGCCUUGGAUCAGCUGCUGCGGGAUGAUGUCAUUACACCAGUCGAUACCUCAGACUGGGCUACACCUAUUGUUCCGGUAAUCAAAUCAGACGGAUCGAUUAGGAUAUGCGGUGACUAUAAAUUAACAGUAAAUAAAUGCCUAGAAGUAGACCGUUUUCCCUUACCACGUAUAGAGGACUUAUUAACGAAAAUUCAAGGGGGUAAAAAAUUUACAAAAAUUGAUUUGUCACAGGCCUAUGCGCAGCUAUGUUUGUCCGAUGAGUCUAAGAAGUAUACGGUAAUUAACACACAUCGUGGUCUUUUUAAAUACAAUAGACUGAUAUAUGGAUUAUCCUCGAGCCCUGGUAUUUUCCAAAGAACAAUAGAACAAAUAUUUGCUGAUAUACCUAAAGUGGGUGUGUUUCUGGAUGACGUUAUUUUGACUGGACGGGAUGACAAGGAGCAUCUAGAAAUUCUUCAUAGAGUUUUACAAAGAUUACAAGAUUACGGGUUAAAAAUAAAAAAAGAAAAAUGUACUUUUAUGGCGGACUCCGUUAUUUAUUUAGGCUAUGAGAUAGACAAGGACGGAAUUCAUACAAAUCCAGAUAAAGUUAAAGCAAUUGCAAAGGUACCUAUACCUAAAACGGGGACAGAAGUAAAAGCAUUCUUGGGUAUGGUAAUGUACUAUGGUAAAUUUCUAAAAAAUAUAAGUACGAUUUUGUGUCCGUUGUACGCACUAUUGAAAAAAGGAGCUAAGUUUGAAUGGACAGAUGAGUGUAAUAAAUCGUUUUGCAGAGUAAAGAAAAUGCUGUUGUCAAGCGAGGUGCUAGCUCACUAUGACCCGGUGCUGCCGCUGGUGCUGACCACGGAUGCCAGUAGUGUGGGCGUGGGCGCCGUCAUCGCGCACCAGAUGCCAGACGGCUCCGAGAGACCUAUCGCCUACGCAUCACGAGUGUUAAACGCGGCAGAAAAAGCAUACUCACAAAUUGAUAAAGAGGCGUUGGCGAUAAUAUACGGGGUAAAAAAAUUUCAUCAAUAUUUAUAUGGCCGAAAAUUUUUAUUGAAGACGGAUCACAAGCCGUUAGUUUCAAUAUUUGGUCCAAAAACGGGAAUUCCUACUAUGGCAGCAUCCAGAAUGCAACGGUGGGCGGUGAUAUUGUCGGGUUAUGAUUACGACAUAGUAUAUAUAAAGUCAGAAGAUAAUGCGGCGGAUGCAUUGUCACGAUUACCUUACGAUUCACCAAACAGAAAUGGAGACGAAUAUACUUAUUUGAAUUUUGUUUGCGAUAACCUACCAAUAACGCACGAGGAUAUCGAGCAGAAGACGAAAGAAGAUGUGCAUUUGCGACGGAUUGUAACAUACAUCAAGUCGGGUUGGCCAGGUCACUGCACUGAUAAAAGUUUACAGCCGUUCUACUCGAGAAGAAAUGAGCUUUAUAUGGAUACUGGCUGCAUUAUGUGGGGAUAUAGAGUGGUGGUACCCACAGUAUUCCGUAAAAGACUGCUAGAAGAGUUACACAUGGGACACAUGGGUAUAGUAAAAAUGAAAUCAAUAGCCAGAAGUUAUAUGUGGUGGCCGGGAAUUGAUGCCGACAUCGAAAGAGAGUGUAAGGAGUGUCACACCUGUACAAUGGAAGCAACAGCGCCUCCGCGGGCACCACCACAACCGUGGCAAUACCCAAUAGAGCCAUGGUGUAGAUUACACAUAGAUUACCUUGGUCCCAUUAAAGGUAAUAAUUAUUUUGUGUUGAUUGAUGCUUCAACAAAAUGGAUAGAAGCAUUUAAAAUGAAAGAUACAACAACAACAGCAACAAUAAGAGUAAUGAGGGAAAUUUUCGCGCGAUUUGGAUUACCUAGAGAAAUUGUAUCAGAUAAUGGAACGGUAUUUACAAGCGCGGAAAUGAGGAAUUUUUUGAUACAGAACGGUAUAACACAUACUUUUACACCGGCUUACCAUCCUGCUUCGAAUGGUGCGGCGGAAGGGGCCGUUAAGUUGUGCAAGCGUGCUAUAAAGAAAGCAGAAAGAGAUGGCUGCGACGUGGAGAUCGCUCUGCAAGCAUAUUUAAUGGCUUAUCGGAACACGGCACAAUGUACUACGGGACAAUCACCGGCAAUGUUACUGCAACGGCGUAACCUGCGCUCGCGUCUUGACUUGCUGCGGGAGGGCGGCGCCCGCUGUGCGGGGGAGCGCGCGCGUCACCAGCAGCAGAGGCUCGUGGAGCGCGCCGCCGGCACGGAGAGGGCGUUCGCGGUAGGACAGAAGGUAUGGGCGAGGAACUUCGGUACAGGGGAGCCAUGGGUAAAAGGAACAAUCACUAGUUUAGAUGGAUCACGGACUGUAAUAGUGGAGGGGGAAAAUGGUGUACGUUUAAAAAGGCAUUUAGAUCAAAUAAAAAAUUAUACUGGUAUAUCAGGCUUGCCGUAUCCUAGUCUGAGGGAGAAUGACUUGGUCCAGCGAGAACCGAGCCGGGAAUCCGCGGCUCAGAGCCGACGACAGGCCACCACGCCGCCCCCGCCAGGGUAUCGUACUCGUUCUGGUAGAUUAGUUAAGCCGGUAGUUCGUUUGAAUCUUUAA